AUAUGUUUAUGUUUGGAUUAUAACUCAAAUACAGUAAAUUAAUAGUUGAUAAAAAUCCAAAUGCUUAGAUUCGGAACUCAAAAGAUGUGAACUGUUUUGAGUGCAAAUCUCCGUGUGGGACUUCCGGCGGAAGUAAACAAGAAGAAGCUAGUAGCGUUAGCUUCCAGGAUUCCAUCUGUAUAUGUUCGGCUAGAAAACGGUUAUUGCUUUGUGGGCUGAAUAUUUCAGUGACUACAUUAACGAAAUCUUCGGUUCAUCAUCAGAGAGAAUUAAUCAGACCGACUUCCGGCUGCUGGAGAAAAAUUCAACAGCACCGUCCAUUAGGAGGAAGAGACGGAAACCCAAAUCACCUGGGAACCUCCUGUCUGUUAAGGUUACGGUUCUGAAUGAACUAACGCUGAGAAACAGAAAAUAUGAUCAAGGAACUAGUUAAUGCCGCGGAGGAAGCAGGAAAUGUCCGAGUUAUCAGCUCGAUGCAGCAACAGCAGCAGCCUGAAAGACACCAGUUAGCCUCCAAGCUAACUGAGAACAAGAAGAAAUGGGUCUCUUCUUAAGGAGGACAAAAAGGACACAGUAAAUACUGGACAUUUAUUGGACUCUGAACCGCUACCAGCUCUUUCUAUCCUCCAACGCAUCAUGUCUGUCACUACAUGGGAGGUUCUGGAGGACAACUUUCUCAUAACCAAAGAGAGAAACCUAAUUAUUGAUUACAAUACUCCAAACAUUGCACAGAUAAAAGAGGAAGAGGAGGAACCAGAACCUCAACAGAUUUUUGAGAAAAAGGAGGAAUCAAAGCCGGAACCAAUCAAAGAAGAACUGGUUGACCUGAGGAUCUCCCAGGAUGAAGGGCGGGUUUUAGUGAAGCAGGAGACCAACACCUCUAUGGUGUCUCCUGCUGAUGAGGAAAUAUUGCACUAUGAACCGGAACUGCAGCAGAUGAUGGAGACAAAGGAGGAACCAGAACCUGUACAGGUGAAAGAGGAACCAGAAGAACCAGAACCUGUGAAGAUUAAAGAGGAGGAGGAGGAUCAGCAUGGAGGUCAGCUGGUGGAGAAGCAGGAGGUUGACACCUGUAUGGUGACUCCUGCUGAGGAGCUAAAGGACAACAGAGAACCAAACAAGGACCAACUUGUUUUUGAGAACUGCCUUAAAGCCGAGGACCAGCAUCAGCCAGGAAUCAACCUGGGUGGAAACAACUCAAAACUAACAGCACCUAAACUAAACAUACCAUCCUGUGAAGUAUGUGGCAAAUGUUUCACCACAUACAAGUACCUGACUGAUCACGUAAGAACUCACACAGGUGAGAAACCAUAUCCUUGUGAACUGUGUGAUAAAUGCUUUGCUGAUUGUAGUGCCAGGGCCAAACAUAUGAAAACCCACACAGGUAGGAAGCCUUAUCACUGUCAAGUGUGCGGAAAAUCAUUCAGCCACUGUAGUAACUUAGCCAGACAUAUGAGAACACACACAGGGGAGAAGCCAUAUUCUUGUGAAGCGUGUGGUAAAUCUUUUCGUCACUGUAAUACAAUGGCUCGACAUAUGAGAACCCACACAGGUGAAAAACCGUAUACUUGUGAAGUGUGUGAUAAAUCCUUCAUACAGCCCAGUGAUUUGGCCCGUCACCUUAGAAGUCACACAGGUGAGAAGUCUUUCUCCUGUCUGACCUGCGGAAAAGGUUUCACAAGGCAAUCCUCCUUGGCUGUGCACAUGAGAACCCACACAGGGGAGAAACCCUACUCUUGUAAAAUGUGUAGAAAGUCUUUUAGAUAUAGCAGCCAUUUGAGUCGUCAUGAGAACUCACACAGGUGAGAAGCUGUAUUUAUGUGCGGAUAUGGAAAGCAGUUUUGGAUGUAAAUCACAUGCUUUUCAUCUUCUGCUGAUGAACAGUAAAGAUAUU